UAUAGUCCAAAUUUUGAAGUUACCAUUUAAUGUAGAGUUGUGCAAUACCAAUUAAUAAUAUGUGGAGUUCACUGAUUCAAAAAUUUGCAAGGAAGAAAGUAAUUGAAGAUUCUCAAGCAGAAUCGUCUGAUUUACAAAGAUGUUUGUCAACUUUUGACUUGGUUGCUGUGGGUGUUGGCAGUACCCUUGGAGCUGGAGUUUAUGUUCUUACAGGCUCAGUUGCCAAGACUGACGCUGGUCCAGCUAUGAUUCUUUCAUUUACAAUUGCUGCCUUUGCAUCUAUGUUAGCUGGUUUAUGUUAUUCUGAGUUUGGGGCAAGAGUUCCCAAAGCGGGUUCGGCAUAUAUUUACAGCUAUGUUACUGUGGGUGAACUUGGGGGUUUUAUUAUCGGAUGGAAUCUUGUUCUUGAAUAUAUAAUUGGUGUAUCAAGUGUUGCAAGAGCUUGGAGUUCUAAUCUUGAUUCAUUGACUGGUGGAGCCAUAGCUAAUGCAAGUCGUGCUGCCAUGCCAAUGAAUAUACAAGGUUUUGCAACAUAUCCUGAUUUUCUAGCAGUUGGCCUCAUUGUUCUUGUUACAAUAUUGCUCUCAACUGGAAUGGGGGUGUCCAGUAAGUUAAUGACCGUGUUAACCGCCAUCAAUAUUCUUGUUCUUAUCUUCUGUGCAGUUGCUGGUUUCAUUAAAGCCGAUGUUAAGAACUGGCAAGUAUCAGCUGCCCCAGGUCGAGGCAACGGGGGUUUUAUGCCAUAUGGGUUUUCCAAGAUGAUGGAGGGAGCCGCUAGUUGCUUCUAUGCGUUUGUGGGUUUUGACACAAUUGCUUGUGUUGGUGAAGAAGCUAAAAAUCCAUCAAAAUCAAUCCCACGCUCAAUCAUCAUAACACUUCUUGUUUGUUUGUUGGCAUACGUAACAGUAUCCGCUUCACUAACAUUAAUGCAACCUUAUUACUUAUUGGAUGUGAACGCGCCUCUGCCAAUUGCAUUUAUUCAUGUUGGAUUUGGUUGGGCUUCUAAACCAGUUGCUGUGGGUUCAAUGUGUGCCUUAAUGGCAAGUGUUUUGGGAGCAGCAGUUGGAAUGCCUCGCAUAGUAUUUUCAAUGGCACGAGACGGUCUUAUCUUUAAGUUUCUUGGUAGGGUAAUGGAUUCCAACGGAACUCCAGUUAUUGCAACGAUUGUAUCCGGAUUUUUUUCAGCAUUUAUGGCUUUAAUCUUUGAUUUGUCUGACUUGGUUAAAAUGAUGUCUAUUGGAACAUUAAUGGCAUACACCCUUGUUGCGUGUUCCGUUCUUCUACUUCGCUUCAGACCCGAUAAAGUUGAUGAAAGUUGUGAAGAUUCAAUCAACCAUUCUGCAUCUGAUGAAGUUUUACUUCUUCCAUCUGCAUAUGAUUUCAAGCAGUUGUGGAAACCAGUGUCAUGUUACCCAACCAACACAUCAAGUAAUAUUGUGCUGUGUUCAACUUUAAUAUCAGUUGCAACCAUGGUACUUCUAAGUGUACUGCUUAUCUUGGGUGGGGGGAAUUUAUCCAAAUGGUGGGGAAUCUUACUUAUUGUUGUGAUGGUCGUUAUCAUACUGACGCUGGCUGUUAUUAUCGCAAGGCAACCACAGAGCCGGAAAGUUCUUUUAUUCAAAACACCACUGGUACCUUGCAUUCCACUUUGCAGUAUAUUUUUUAACAUUUAUCUCAUGUUGAAGCUACCUGGAGCUACUUGGAUUCGAUUUGGUGUUUGGAUGGUUGUUGGAGCGGUGAUGUAUUUUGGUUAUGGGAUCUUCCACAGCACUACACAACAACAACCUAUGGUAGAUGAAACUGCAUGGCCACAAACACAGAAGUCUGAAUAACUUGUUCAUCCAUUACUAGCCGUCUUUUCGCUUUUGCCAACUCUUUUGUUCUUCAUUAUCGUGACUGAAGAGCCGAAAUAAAUUUCAUUCAUUCAUAUUUAAUGCUAUGAAGACAUUUGCAAUGUUCAUAUCUCGCUUUCAUGCCAAUAUGCAGAAAUUAUAAUUUCUAUUUUUACAGUGUUACAUUAUGUUCAUAUAUUACACACGAAAGCAUAUAAGAUUUAAAAUUGAAAGUGCAAUAAAUUGUUUUUGAUGUAAUCACACUCUUUCGUUUUCAAGUUUAUAUUAAACGGUAUUGUUUUUUCCAAUAAAUUUUUAAAAACUUUGCAAAAAUAAUUAUUUUUAAUUUUGCUCUUUAAUGACUUCAUAUUAUAAUGCAUAUUUGUUGUUAUUGUAAAUUUCAUGUUCUUGUUAAAACAUUUGAAAAUGUUUAAACCAGCCUAUUUGUUAUAAAUACUCUAAAUUUGUUCAUUCAUUAAAAUGUUAUAAGCACACCAAUGAUAUUUUAAGUUUAUUAUAAGAAUACCGUAUAUGUUGCAAA